AUGGAUUAUAUCAAGGUUUCAAGCACCCAAGCUGCAAGCCAGUUCAAUUUCAGCCAAUCCCAUAACCAAAGCAAAGUCAUCAAACUUUUGCUUUCUGUCUCCGUCUUGUCAAUUUUGUUGUCCUACUCUUCCUUGGUUUCUUUCCUUCUUCAUUCCUUCAAUGCCUUCACAUCUGCAGCUUCUGUGAAACUGUUCAGCUACAGCUUUGAUAAGAACUACAUGUUCUUGCUCUGCAAUGGACUUCUGGUGUUUAUUGUCAAGAAUUCUGGUCUUAUUGGAACUUCUCCUCCAGGAAGUACUAAUCUUAACAAUGAUGAACUUGCUCCGAAGAACAGCGAAAACCGGCAAAGAGUUGUCGAAUUGGCAGAGACAAAGGCACCAAAAGCAAAGGAAGAAGUUGUCAACGUGGAAGUUGAAGAAGAGCAAGAAAGAGAAGAUGAUGAAAUCUUUAUCACAGUAGAAGAAGAAGAAGAAGAAGAUAAAAGGGUUUUGAUUACAAAAGCUGAAGAAGAGGAAGGCUGCAGAAACAGCUCAAUUAUGGUUGAAGAUCAUGAUGCAUAUGAAGAAGAAGGAAUUGAGUCGCUGAGUAGAGAGGAGUUAAACAAGAAAUGUGAUGAUUUUAUCAGAAGAAUGAAGGAAGGAAUUAAACUUGAAGUCCAACAGCCAGUCAUGUUUUGA